UGCUAGUGGUGAUGAUCUGACGGUAAUACAACUCAGCCACAUUUCCUUAGCCGAUGCCCCUCUCUCUGUCGCUUUUCUUCUUUCUUUUUCUUUUCCCCUUCUCUUCAUUUCCGUUCUCUUAUUAUCCCAUCAUGUCUUAUCCGCCGCCGAAUAACUACGGCCAGUACUCGCAGGGCCCUCCCCCUCAGGGCUACCCCGCCGCGUAUCCCCCCGCCUCCUAUCCAGCUCAUCCCCAACAGCAUCCAGCUCCAUACGGCGCUCCCCCACCAGGAGGAAGUCCUGCUCCCCCAGCCGGCGCCGGAUAUCCUCCCCAUUCAGCUGCGCACCAGCAACCCCCAUACCAGGGCGCUCCAUACCAGCAAUAUCCCGCGCACCCGCAGCAGUUCCAGCAGCCGCCCGCUGGCUACGGCCAACCCCCCUGGGGUUCAGCCCCUCCCCCAGCUCAAUACGGCACUCCCCCUCCUCCCCACGGCGCACCCGGAUCGCACUCCCCAUACCCUCCUCAGGCUGGCGGCCAGUACCCCCCUCCCGGCCAAUACCCGCCCCAGGGCCACUUCCCGCCUGGCGGUCCACCACCAGGUGCAUACGGUGCCCCUCCCCCCGGCCCUCCAGGCCCUCCCGGUCCAUAUGGCGCAGCACCAGGCGGAUAUCCCCCUCCUGCAGCCCCAGUCCCCGCGCCCCCAUCGCUAGGCUACGACCCCGACCAGCGCGCAUCCGGCGACGCCUCGAAAGAAGCCGACGCCCUCCGCAAAGCCAUGAAGGGGUGGGGUACGGACGAAGCCGCGCUGAUCUCCGUGCUGGCGAAGCCCGACCCGCUGCAGAUGAAGCUGAUCCGGAAUACAUACACGGAGCGGCACGGGCGCAGUCUGGAGAAGGACCUGAAGAGCGAGCUUUCCGGGGACUUUGAGAUUGCCAUGCUCUCGCUUGCGUCGGGUCCCCUGGGGCAGGAUAUUAUGUAUCUCCGGGAUGCGAUGAGUGGGAUUGGAACGGAUGAGACGGCGAUUAAUGAUGUGCUGAUUGGUCGUUCGAAUGCGGACCUGCGUGCGAUUAAGUACCAGUAUGUGCAUAAGUAUAAUAAGGCGCUGGUGGAGGAUAUCAAGAGUGAUUUGUCCGGGAAGACGGAGAAGUUCUUCCUGAUGCUGUUGAAUGCGGUGCGGCCGGAGCGCGGGACGUACUUUGACCAGGCGGCCGUGGAGAAGGAUGUCCAUGAGCUGCAUCUCGCGACGAAUGCGAAGACGGGCACUGAUGAGAUUGGCGUUGCGGCGGUGUUUCUGGCUGCGUCGGACCAGAAGCUUGUGGCGGUUGCGCAGGCUUUCGAGGCCAAGUACCACAUCUCGCUGGAGAAGACGAUCAAGAGUGAGUUUAGCGGGCACCUGGAAAAGGCGCUGCUGGCGCUCCUGGCGAGGGCAAAGGAUCCGCUCAAGUUCGAUGUCGAGACGAUGCUGGCGAUUGUGCCUGUUGGUGGGGGAAAUCCGGACAUCAAGAGGUUGAUAUACUGGGCUGUGAGGCUGCACUGGAACCCCCCGUACCUGAAGCAGGUCAAGGAGGCUCUCAUGCAGCGCACAGGCAGCGACUUUAGCCGGAGGAUCAGGGCGGCGAUUCCCCCUGGCGAUUUGCAGAAUGUGAUUAUGAAGGUGUGGUCUUGAUCUUAACGACUUCAGUGAUGUUACCGGGAUAUCAGAGGGAGUAUGUAGUAUGUAAUGAUUCAUCAAUGCGUCUAAUCUCGUUAUUUCAUACAGUCUUGAAGAAGUAAAAAGUAGUCGUAUCUGAAGAUAAAAAACCAGAAGAACCCAACACCCGCAAUGCUGAUGCUCAUUUAUAUCGUCAUCAUCAAUCCCAGUAACCAUAAAUUCAUAUCGUAUCACGUCGCAACAGGCACCGCCGCAGCAGUCGUAACUUUGAUCCCCAGUCUCUGCGCAUACUGCCUCCC